AUGAGUCGUCAAAGUUCUGUGGUUGAUUUGACCCCACAGACACAUCAGAGGCGAACCUUUGCUGGUCAAUCCAACUCCCAAGACGUCCCCUCAUCGCUCGACCGACAGCCAAUAUCACUUGAGUCACCGCCAACUUCAGCCCGUGGAGUCAAGCGCCGUCGGAUUGCAACUGAGUCCUACUCUUCCGACGAAGAUUCCUCACAAGAUGGCACACAAUUUGACUCUGUCGAUUUAACCAGUCCCGAAAUACCAGCACUUGCGACAGCACUUGCCAAACAGAGGCAAGAUGCUAUACAGGCUCAGCAAUCCCAUGAUGAAGACAAAAGCAUGGGAUUAUUGAAGGCUUACAGGUGCCCCAUCUGCAUGGAUACACCAGAGAAUGCGACAAGCACUAUUUGUGGACACUUGUUUUGUCACAGCUGCAUUAUCGAGUGCUUGGAUCGUACCGUUGAACUAAACAGGCAGAUGCGGACUACCUGCCCUGUGUGCCGAAAACCUAUCACCAAGAAAGACAUCAGUGGCCCUCGCCGCAACCUCAUCCCUCUUCAACUCAAGUUGAUGACCAAGAAAAGGACAUCUUCAGAAUCGGCAGAGGCCUAG